GUCAUAUCCACAUGGAUGUGCCUGUCAGAGAGAAUAUGGGCGGGCGCAACAUGGUGACGUGGAGGUCUGGAGAGAGGCGCAUAGGCAGUGCGCAGGCAACAGCUGAAAUGAACAGAGAGCGGUGUAGUGUGUGUAUGCCUCUGGAUCUAAUAUCACCUACCUGUCCUUGUCACUCUGAUAGUCAGCCGAGGUAGCCGCUGUUUACCACCGAUGCUAGUAUGGCAGCACUCAAUGGCCUCUUUUAAAGCAUUUUGCAGUUUAAACAGACAGAGGGCUUCAGCUCAGCCGCAUCAGGAACUCAUCUGCUGUGCGCUUUUUGGAGAACUGAAUACAUUCCGCAGACGGACUUUCCGCUUAUCAUCGCUGCACUAAAGGGACUUACUCUGCUUUUGACAGCCAGUUUUUGCGAUCUUCUACCGAUGAACUCUAUGAGGGAUCCAUUAAACAUAGACCACCACCACCUAACAGGGAAUAAACUUGCCUCCGCGCACCACACGGCUCUGGCGAUGGCCUCCACUUUACAGCCGCUGCAGCGGUCUGUGGACUCUAAACACCGGUUAGAGGUGCACACGGUGUCGGACACAUCUAGUCCGGAGUCAGUCGAAAAAGAAAAGAACCAAAAUAAAAACGACGACUCGUCAGACGAUCCCUCCAAAAAGAAGCGGCAGCGGCGGCAGAGGACUCACUUCACCAGCCAGCAGCUGCAGGAACUGGAGGCCACUUUCCAGCGGAAUCGCUAUCCGGACAUGAGCACGAGGGAGGAGAUAGCCGUGUGGACCAACCUCACAGAGGCCCGGGUCAGGGUUUGGUUCAAGAACCGGCGAGCCAAGUGGAGGAAACGGGAAAGAAAUCAACAAGCCGAGCUCUGCAAAAACGGCUUCGGCCCGCAGUUCAACGGACUCAUGCAGCCCUACGACGACAUGUACCCCAGCUACACGUACAACAACUGGGCCGCCAAGGGCCUGACGUCGGCCUCUUUAUCCACCAAAAGCUUCCCCUUCUUCAACUCCAUGAACGUCAACCCCCUGUCCUCGCAGACCAUGUUCUCGCCGCCCAACUCUAUAUCCUCCAUGACUUCCAGCAUGGUGCCGUCGGCGGUCACCGGCGUGCCGGGCUCCAGCCUCAACAGCCUCAAUAACUUGAACAACCUCAGUAACCCGUCUCUCAACUCCGGGGUGCCCUCCUCGGCGUGUCCCUACGCGCCGCCGACCCCUCCUUAUGUGUACAGGGACACUUGUAACUCCAGCCUGGCCAGCCUGAGACUGAAAGCCAAGCAGCACUCGAGUUUUGGAUACGCCAGUGUGCAGAAUCCGGCCACUAAUCUGAGCGCUUGCCAAUACGCCGUGGACAGACCAGUCUAAUACCUAUCUGCACUGCAAAAAAUAACCACCUUAGCAAGUCAUUAUAGGCUGGUAGUGACGCGUAAAGUGGGAGAGAGGAAAUCUGGCGCUGAGAUAAUUGUACUUUUCCGUGUGUUUUGGGAAUUUUCUUGAUCAUAUGGCAUUUUCUUGGACUUUUUAAGACACUAUUCUGACUUUUUCCUCGAGAUAUUGCCACAUGUUUUUUGAAAAUCCCCCAAACAUCUCAAAGACACAAGUGAGAUUAUUCAUCCAUUUAUUUUAGGGGAGAUUAAACACGAUUCUGAGGGUGAUUACAAGACCAAGUGAUUUGCUAUGGUGGUCAUUUUUUGCAGUGUGUGGGUAAUCACAAACAGCCGGCCACAGGAACAAGAGACUACUACAACUACUUUUUCAUUUUUUCAAAAAAGGGCACUAGAAGACUGAACCACUGAAACAAGCUCAACUCCAGGUCGGAGUCAAAAACUGAAAACGGGAGAUUUUAGGUUUUAUUCCCUCCUUUUGAUGAGUCCAGGCCUGCUCCACACUGCGCCACAGUAAAACAAAAGAAAAGGCCUGUUUUAUUUUUCAUAGCUCGUCAUGAGGGUUUUUUUUCUGGUGGAUUUUUUUUGGACGUUAAUUGUUGACUGAAAAAAAGGUUGUAUAUAUAUUUGAAUUAUCAUCUCCUGUUUUGUCGAAGCGAAUGCGCUAUAACCCUCCAGUCCUCUCCAGGUUCAAUUUAUCAACGCAUGUGGAAAAAGAGAAAAAAAAAGAAAAACCCUAAAAAGGAAUCAUGUUUUGCUUGCAAACAAAAGGGAAUGUACAUACUAAAAAAACGCACCAGUUGUGUGUUUCUAACAUAUUAUAAAUUUAUUAUUAAUGUCUGUGUGAAUAUCGAUUUAGAAUAGCAAUUCUGGAUUUAAAAAAAGAAAAGCAUCAAAAAUGUUCCUGCGACAAAUUAUUUGGUUUUUGCUCUGUGUAUACUAUUUGGUACGGAAUUAUGUUUUUUUUUUUUCAACAUCCAAAAAAACUAUUGUG